CCCCACCACACACGCUUACACAUCAGUGUGGCACCACGCAGACACUCGAGCAGAUCUCCUCUUUGUCUUUUCUUUCUUUCCCGCCAACCCUCCACUUUCCGCUUUCUCAAGUCACUUUUUUGUAUUCAAACUUCUUCCUCUUCUUUUCGUCAUGGAGGACUCUCGCCAAACUGUCGAUGUCCUUGCUCCGCCUAGCGAGUACUACAAGUCAGGAGCGCGCCGUACUUCAACCAGCGCCUUCAACAGAUCGCGGUCCCGCAGCUAUCAGAAAAGGUUUGUCGGAACCCUGGGCGGUGACAACAUCAGUGGCACUGUUAGUCCAGUCAGCCUGUACCGGCGCGGGUCCAUCGAUGACAAGUCAGCCAACCCAAGGCGGUUCCUGAUCGACAUUGAUUCGGUGGAGCAAGCAAUCCUGGAGCAAGAGGACACCGACGGCAAUUUCCAGAUCACGGUCGAGGACUCGGGCCCCAAGGUCAUGAAGGUGCCGACAGCCAGCAGCGGCGGGUACCGCACGUUUGAGAUCCGCGGCACAUACAUGCUGUCAAACCUGCUGCAGGAGAUGGCGCUGGCACGCGACCACGGCAACAAGCAGGUGGUUAUUGACGAGGCCCGGCUCAACGAGAACCCAGUCAACCGGCUGUCGCGGAUGAUCCGCACCACGUUCUGGAACGGGCUGGUGCGAUGCAUGGAUGAAACCGGGAUCCAGGCAAUCUGCGCAGACCCAAAGAACACCAAGGGCGAUGCCAACCCGAUCAUCUACGUGCCGCACGACGACCACCCGGCGUUCAUGUACUACUCGCGGAUUGCGCGCGACCUGCCCAAGCUCAAGAUCAAGGUGGUCAGGCUGCCCGAGAACAUCACGCCGCAGUACGUAAAGUCGAUCAACAACGAGUUUGGCAUUCUGUCGAUGGCAGCGGAUGUGUCGUAUGAUGCGAACGGCGGGCUGAUCUACAAGCCGCUGCCGUUCGUGGUGCCUGGCGGACGGUUCAACGAGCAGUACGGGUGGGACAGCUACUUUGAAGCGCUGGGCCUGCUGGUGGACGGGCGCGUGCAGCUGGCCAAAAACAUGGUGGACAACUUCAUCUACCAGAUCAAGCACUACGGCAAAAUCCUGAAUGCCAACCGGUCGUACUACCUGACGCGCUCGCAGCCGCCGUUCCUGACCGACAUGGCGCUAAAGGUGUACGAGGCGCUGCCGGCCAACACGCGCGAGGAGCAGGACAAGAACGCAGCCUGGCUGCGCAAGGCCAUCAAUGCAGCCAUUUCCGAGUACUUCCAGGUGUGGAUGAGCAAGCCCCGGUUCGACGAGAAGACAGGUCUGAGCUGCUACCACCCGACGGGCAUUGGCAUGCCGCCCGAGACCGAGAGCACGCACUUUGACCACAUUGUCAGGCCAUAUGCCAGCAAGCUGGGCAUCUCCAUCGACGAGUACAAGGACCUGUACAUGACCGACCGCAUCAGCGAGCCGGAGCUCGACGCCUACUUUGUGCACGACCGCGCAGUGCGCGAGUCCGGCCACGACACAACGUACCGGCUCGAGAAGCGCUGCGCCAACCUGGCCACCGUCGACCUCAACUGCCUUCUGUACAAGUACGAGGUCGACAUAGCCGACGCCAUCGACGACCAUUUCGGCGGGCGGUUCGCGUGGCACAACGGCCCGGAGAUGACGUCGGCCGAGUGGCGGCUGCGCGCCGAGUCCCGCCGCCAGUCCAUCGACAAGUACCUGUGGAACGAGCACAAGGGCCUGUACUUUGACUACGACGUGGUGCUGGGCGACCAGUGCGUGUACGAGUCGGUCACGGCGCUGUGGGCUUUGUGGGCGGGCUGUGCGACGCCACGGCAGGCGCGCCGGCUGGUGGAGAUUGCCUGCGACAAAUUCGAGGUCAGGGGCGGGCUGGUCAGCGGCACGGAGGAGUCGCGCGGCAAAAUCUCGCUGCACCGGCCCAACCGCCAGUGGGACUUCCCGUUCGGCUGGGCGCCGCACCAGAUCAUGGCCUGGUACGGCCUGUACAACUACGGCUUCGUCGACGUUGCCCGCCGCUGCGCCUACCGCUGGCUGUUCACCAUCACGCAGUCGUUCGUCGACUUUAACGGCGUCGUGCCCGAGAAAUUCGACGUCGUCAAAAUGACCCACCGCGUGCAGGUCGAGUACGGCAAUGUCGGCGUGGACUUUAAGCUGGUGUCGCGCGAGGGCUUCGGCUGGAUGAACAGCUCGUACCAGGUCGGACUGACGUACUUGACGUCGCACAUGCGCCGCGCCUUGGGCAUGCUGACUCCGCCCGAUGUGUUUUUCAAAAAGUCAAACUGGAAGAUUGACGGGAGGCCGUCGCACUCGCCAGCAGAGACCCCCAGCCCCGUGCCGGUGUUCAUCCCGGAGGCUGGCACCCCCAAGCACAAGCCGCGCAGCAACGCCCUGUACAAUGCCCUGCGCAGCCUGAAGAUGCAGGACGACUCUGUCGCCACGUCCUCCAGCGGCUCGCCCACCGAGAGCGACCCGCGCAUCGGCGACCGCGCGGAUCCCCACGACUACUUUGGAAUGGUUCCCAGCAGAGCCAAGCAGGGCUCACAAUAA